GUUGUCGUUUUAAUUUUCCGCAGUCGUUUUCUUGUAUUUCAUAAUUAAAGACUCAACACACUAAAACCGCGAAGGAGGAAGUGAAGUUGCUUCCAGUGCAGUACAGUAGUCUGCCCCCACGCCAUAGCUCGGCUCACAUCAUGGAGAAGAAGCAAAGCACUCAAAGAAACCCUAAAAUCUCUUCCAAGACAACGAAAACCUUCGAAACUGGAACCAGUGGUCUUAAGGUAAGCGAAGACGAUGCCGCUCAUUUGAUUGGUAGGAUCGUCGAGAAGGGUAUUUCUGAUGAACCACGGUCCAAACCCUUUCCACCCCUAAACCCUACCGUUCUUCCCUUUCCUGUUGCUCGUCACCGCUCCCAUGGCCCGCAUUGGGCUCCAGUUAGUGGUAAAGUAAAUGUUGGUUAUGGUGGUUUAGGUGGUGAAGAGGAUAAAACUACCAUGAAGGUUGAUUCGAUUGCACCUUUUGCUGAUCCUGUGAAGAGGAAGACAAAGAAAGACAUGGAUUUUAGCAGGUGGAGAGAGAUUCUACCGGGUGAAAAGUCUGACAUGGCUGAAUCCGAACUAAACACGUUAGGUUCAGGUAAAACUGAAAAUCGAAAAAAAGAUAGAGAAGCAAUUGAUACUUCUUGUAGUAGUGAAGAUAAGCUUCAUAUUCAAGAUAAUAAUAAGGAUUGCAUAGCUGUUACCUUCGAAAGUGAACCAAAACCCAUACGGGUAAAUAGCCAAAUUGAUGCAGAGACAAAGGGUCUUGACAAUAGUAAAGUAUUGUUAGAGAGGCCAAAGAGAAGAGAGCAAAAGUGUUCAACUUCAACUAUAGCUUCUUCUGGGAAUAAUCUCGGCAGUGAACAAGAAUCCAUGUCACUUGAGAGUCAAAUUGAUGCCGAAAACCGUCAGCGCCUGCAAGAAAUGUCACCUGAUGAGAUUGCUCAGGCCCAAGCUGAGAUAAUGGAGAAGAUGGACCCUGCAUUACUGAAACUACUGAAAAAGAGGGGUGAUUCGAAAUCGAAGAAGCAGAGGUCUCCAGGUCUGGAUAGUGCCAUCAAAGUUGAAUCAGUUAAUGAACAGAAGAAUCAGGAUGAAAACGACAUGAAAGCUUCUUCUGCCCCUGUGAAUUCUAUGGUUCAUGAAAUGACGAAAACAACAUCAAAUGAAAUACAUAGUGGGGUGGACAAUGGGGAGGCACAAAAUCCAAACCCAACCAGUGGCGGUUUGUGGAAUGCUUGGAGCCAGCGAGUUGAGAAUGUUAGAGAAAUAAAAUUUUCCUUGGAGGGGACUGUUGUUGAAAAUGAUAAUUUCCAUACAGCAGAAACUGAUUGUGUUACUGAGCGUGACUUCCUGCGGACUGAGGGGGAUCCUGGGGGAGCUGGUUAUACAAUUAAAGAAGCAGUGGCACUCACUCGAAGUGUGAUUCCUGGGCAACGGGCUCUUGCAUUGCAUUUGCUUUUAGCUGUUCUUGAUAAUGCAAUACACAAUAUUAACCGAGUUCACAUUGGAUGUUCCGUGAGAAAGGAGGAUAAAGAUGAAAGAGUUUCUGACUGGGAAGCUAUUUGGGCUUAUGUACUUGGCCCGGAGCCUGAGCUUGUUCUAUCAAUGAGUUUAUUGAUUUGUAGGAUAUGUCUUGAUGAUAACCAUACUUCGGUAGUUGUAGCUUGUGCUAAAGUCAUUCUGCGCAUAUUGACAUGUGAUGCAAAUGAGAACUACUUCAGUUUUUCAGAGAAAUUGACUACUCUCAAGGACAUCUGUACUGCCCCUGUGUUUCGAAGUAAACCCCAGAUUGAUGUUGGUUUCCUUCGUGGUGGAUUUUGGAAGUAUAAUGCUAAGCCUUCUAAUAUUGUUACUCUAGAUGAGGAAAUUAUUGACGAUGAAACUGAAGGGAAACAUACAAUUCAGGAUGAUAUUGUGUUUGCUGGACAGGAUUUUGCAGCAGGUUUGGUUAGGAUGGGAGUCCUUCCAAGGCUACGCUAUCUUCUUGAGUCAACUCCGACAGCAGCUUUGGAAGAGUGUGUUAUUUCUAUACUUAUUGCUAUUGCAAGGCAUUCCCCAACAAGUGCAAACACAAUUAUGAAAUGUGAAAGACUUAUUGAAGCAGUUGUACACAGAUUUACUGCAAAAGAAAACAUGGAAAUAUAUCAUUCUAAGACAAAAUCUGUGACUCUUUUAAAGGUGUUGGCUCAAUCUGAUAGAAGAAUUUGUUUUGAAUUUAUAAAGAAUGGGUUUUUCCAGACCAUGACAUGGCAUUUGUAUCAAUAUAUGCCGUCGCUUGACCAAUGGGUGAAAACUGGGCAGGAGAACUGUAAACUUCUUUCAGCUUUGAUGGUUGAGCAAUUACGUUUUUGGAAGAUUUGCAUUCAGCAUGGCUAUUGUGUAUCAUACUUCUCGGAUAUUUUUCCUUCCUUGUGCUUGUGGUUGAAUCCACCUACAGUUGAAAAGCUUAUAGAUUUAGACCUUCUUAGUGAAUUUGCUUCUGUGGCAGCAAAUGCGUACCUUGUUCUAAAGGCUUUGGCUACUAGGCUUCCAAAUUUUGUUUCACAAAUGAAUCAAAGCAAUAAGAUCCAUGAACAUGCUGAUGAUGACAUGGAGAUCUGGCGUUGGAGUCAUGUUGGUCCAAUGAUUGAUUUAGCAGUGAAGUGGAUAGUUUUGAUGGGUAAUCUACACCAUGGUAGUCAUAAUUUACAUAAUUCAUCUGUGACUUCUUUGUUGUGGGUGUAUUCAGCUGUAAUGAGCUUGCUUGCAGAAGUGCUCAGAAAAAUUGUCCCAGAUGAUAUCGCCAAUCAGACAGGAAGUGGUUGGCUUGUCCCAUGGCUUCCAGAGUUCGUUCCUAGAGUUGGACUUGAAAUCAUCAAAAAUAAAAUUUUGAGUUUUUCGGAUGCUGUUGAUACAAAAUUUGGGUCAGGUCUUGCUGGAGAGAUCUCUUUUGUUGAAAGACUAUGCCAUUUAAGACAACAAAAUGAAUAUGAAACAUCAUUAGCUUCUGUAAGCUGCCUUAAUGGAAUCUUCAAGACUAUCACUACCAUUGAUAAAUUGAUCCAGUUAGUCGAUAAAGGGGAACAACAUUCACAAGAGUACAGUCUUUCUAGAGAAGAGGACGUACUCAAAGAUGGGUUGUUAAAUCGAUCUUUUGUUGAAUUCAGAAGCGUGCAAAAUAUUUUUAUGAAGUUAGUUACUUCAGAGUGGCAAUUUGUGCAGUCCGUUGAGACAUUUGGCAGAGGUGGGCCUGCUCCUGGGGUGGGAGUUGGCUGGGGUGCCUCUGGAGGAGGAUAUUGGUCAGGAAUUGUUUUAUUGGCACAAGCAGAUGCAGGAUUUAUCAUUGAUCUGCUUGCAAGUUUCCAGAUUAUGCCUAUAAAUGAUAUGCUCAAUGCUGAAGAAAUAUCUUAUGCUGUGCAAAUUGUUAAUUCUUCUUUAGCAGCAUCAUUAAUUGCUGGGCCAAGUGAUAGAACUGUUGUGGACAAGGCUUUUAAAAUUUUGGUUCAUGUCUCUGUUCUGAAGUGUCUUGAUCGCUGUAUUCGGCAUUUUGUUCAUCUCAAUAGUAGAAGUAAGCUGUUUGGCUGGGAACAUAAAGAAGAAGAUUACCUACUCUUUAGUAAAAUAUUAUCUUCACAUUUUGGCAAUAGAUGGCUGUCACUAAAGAAGAGCAAAAAAAUUAAAAGCUUGAGUUGCUCAACAAAUAAGAACUUAGUUAAAAACAGUGGUUCUUUGAGCACCAUAUAUGAGGACUCGGACACAUCAAAUAACAUUGAAGAUUGUACAUCCUUAGUUGUAGAGUGGGCUCACCAGAGGCUUCCACUACCCACUAAUUGGUUUCUAAGUCCAAUCUCAACUCUUUGUGAAAGCAGGCAUUGUGGCCAACAAAAAUCUUCCAAUUUAGAAAAUCUUAUACAGGACGCGGGCGAUUUGCUUGAAGUUGCUAAAGCUGGACUUUUUCUCCUCUUAGGUAUGGAAGUCAUGUCAAGUUUCCUUCCAAGUGAUGCUCCUUCUCCUGUUCAGAGUGUACCGCUAGUUUGGAAAUUACAUUGUUUGUCUGUGAUCUUGCUUGUCGGGAUGGGUGUGAUCGAGGAGAAAAAGAGUAGAGAUUGUUAUGAAGCUUUGCAAGAUAUCUAUGGUUCCAUACUUGAUAAGGAGAGGCUUAAAGAUGCUGAAAUGAUUCGGGAGAAGGAUGUAAACCUGUUGUCAGAGUCUAGAAAUACUGACUUUUUGGACUUUUUAAGGUUCCAUUCAGAGAUUCAUGAUAGUUACUCAACAUUCAUCGAAACUCUUGUGGAUCAAUUUUCUGCUAUAUCUUAUGGUGAUCUAAUUUAUGGUCGACAAGUUGCAAUUUAUCUGCACAGAUGUGUUGAAACUCGUGUUCGGCUUGCUACUUGGAAUACAUUGACUAAUGCUCGAGUCCUUGAGCUUCUUCCACCCUUGGAGUCUUGCUUUGGAGAGGCAGAAGGCUACCUUCAUCCAGAAGAGGAUAAUGAUGAAAUUUUAGCAGCUUAUGUGAAAUCCUGGACUUCUGGCGCCCUCGACAAGGCUGCAAGUCGAGGAACAGUUGCAUACACACUGGUUCUUCACCAUCUUUCAUUUUUCAUCUUUCAUUUCUGUGCUGGUGAUAAGUUAUUGCUGCGGAACAAGCUUGUGAGGUCUCUUCUACGAGACUUCUCUCUGAAGCAACACCACGAGGUAAUUAUGUUGAAUCUUAUCCGAUAUACCAAACCAGAAAUGCUGCAGAAUUCUAAUGUUAAAGUUAGUUUACCAUUAGACAUGGAGAAAAGGUUUGAGGUCUUAACUGAAGCUUGCGAAAGAAAUUCUUCCCUUUUAAAUGAAGUGAAGAAGCUGAAGUCACUUGUACAGAACGAUCUCUUGUAAGCUUAUCAGAAUUGUUUCCCUUGAGUUUUAAGUUUACUGUCGUCAAAAAGUUUUGCCUUGUAAAUAUAAAUUUGAUCAGAGAAGAGGAGCUCAAGUGGAUUUCACUGUUGGGAACACCUUACAUAAAUAUUUGAAUAUAUAUGUUAAUUAUAUCUUUGGGAUCCAAUUAUUACUCCUAUUUAUUUAAUAUGUAAAACUAACCUUUAAAUUUCAUGGUUCAAAUAACAUACAUGGCUACUUGAUGUGA